CUUAAAGGUUUUUUUCAAAAUUUGUCACCUCAUGGUUUUAGGGUUAUAAACUAAAUUUAUUAAUUUAAAAAUAACUUUUUUAAAUUUCAAAUUCGGCGAAUUGAAUAUUAAAAUCGGGGUUUCUUUCAGAAAAUAAUAACUUUCAAAGACUUUGGAUUAAAAAUAUUUUAUUCAUUUCAACAAAAAAAUAAUAUUAAAAUCUAUAAUAAACGGAAAACCCCAUUUUACUUAAAAGUGGAUUUAGAAUAGUUCGCAUCUAAGAGUGCAAUAUAUUUUGUUGUUUUGUAUUGUUUGUAUUGUGUUUGUACCUGAAACAAAGUUUACUUUUUGGAAACAAAAUGAAUUAUAAUUUAUAAAACUUAUUAACAAUGGAUUUCGAUGUCGAAGUAAUUCUUGAAAAUAUUUGCCGUGCUUGUUUAUGUAAGGAUCCCGUAUUGGAAAUUUCACAUGAAGUUUCUGAGAAGCUAAAACUUUGCGGUGGAAUAAGCGAAGAUGAAAUUGGAAAUAAAACUUUUCCCAGUAAAAUAUGUCACAAGUGCUUUAUGAAUUUAGAAAUAUCCUUUCAAUUUCGACAAUUAUGUCAGCAAUCAGAUAAAAGGUUAAAAGAAGGUUUACGAAGUUCAUUGAUAAAUUUUAAUGAGCAUGAAAAUUUACUGGAAAACUUAAAAGUUGAAUUUUUAGCACCUAAAGAGGAACCAAAUGAAAUUGUUGAAGAAGAUUUUAUUUCAAACAAUUCCCCAAUUGAAUUUACAUUAAAUUUAGAUAAUACUGAAAAUGAAAGAUUUACUUCAAAAUUUGAAGAGGGAACUGAAUUGAAAUAUCCUACAAAAUCAAAUUCAGAUCUUGAUGCUAAAGAUUGUACUAAAUUGGAUUUUGAAUUUGCAUCUAAAACAAAAACUAAGCGAAAAUAUACAAAACGUUUAAAAGAUAAAAAAUUGGAUAAACUCUCUGAUUCAGGAAAUUCUUCUCACACUUGCGAAUUUUGUGGUAUAAGUUAUGUUUCGAAAUUUUCUAUGGAAAAUCAUAUGCGACUACAUUCUGCCCGUCUUAGAUUUGUUUGCGAAAUAUGCGAUGAAUCUUACGCGGGUAAAUUUCAACUAGAACAACAUAUGUGUUCAAAGCACACUGGAGAAAGAAAUUUUAAAUGCGAAUACUGUGAGAAAGCAUUCUUUUCAAAAACUUUAAGAAAUAAACAUCAAAAACGGUCGCAUUCUAAACUAUUCAAAUGUGAUCAGUGCGAUAAGUGUUUUGGAAGAUCAGAUUCGCUAAAGAAACACAUGAGAGUUCAUACUGGAGAAAAGCCUAUAGUUUGUGACAAAUGUGGAACAAGAUUCAAGGAACUUCAUCAUUUGAAAAACCAUAAUAAAUCAAUGACUCCUUGCAUCCUAAAAAUGAGUAUAAAAGUCAAAGAUGGGUAAAAAACACGAUAUGGAUACAGUUGCUUACAGGUUCAUUUUUCCUGUACAAUUAUGUAACACAUACAUAAAUACAUAUAUAAUAGAUGUUCCUUUUGUAUUUGAAAAGUAUUUGUAUAGUAUAAAGAAAUACGUAUUUGAAGAAAACAAUUCGUAUCACCGUAUAAUAAAUUUUCCAAUUCUUAACG